AUGGUGACCCUCAUCGUCUUUGUGUUUUGUCUUUUUAUAUUGCAGUUUCUGAAGUUGCAGUGGGCACGCAAGUCACUUCCUCCUGGGCCAGUGCCCAUUCCCUUCUUUGGAAAUUUCCCACAUGUGUCUUUCAAGGUUGAUCACAACAUCCUUGACAAGCUCGCAAAAACCUAUGGCAACAUCUACACCCUGUGGCUGGGACACAAACCCGUAGUGGUGCUUCAUGGAUUCCCGACGGUGAAGGAGGGUCUGACUACUCAUGCAGAUGAUGUUGCUGGCCGAAUGAACACCCCUUUCUUUCAGCGAAUAGCGAAUGGAAAGGGUAUUUUUUUCUCAAGUGGUGUCAUCUGGAAACAUGAGAGACGUUUUGGGAUUGCAACCCUACGGAAGCUCGGACUGGGAAAUAAAGGGAUAGAGCGUGGCAUACAAGUGGAGGCACGGCACCUGAUGGAGUUCUUCCAGAGCACGGAUGGAAAAGCAGUGGACCCUGCUUAUCCCAUUGUUCUUGCUGUCUCUAAUGUGAUCUGCACUGUGGUUUUUGGACAUCGCUUCUCCCUAGAGGAUGAAACUUUUCAGAAGUUGGUCAAAGCUCUUCAUUUUUUUACGGAUUUUGCAAACAGCACUUCUCAGAUACUCUAUGAUAUCUGCCCAUGGCUGAUGCGGCACCUUCCAGGGCCUCAACAAAAGGUGUUUGUUCUCUGUGAUUUUAUCCAUUCUUUCGUAAGAAAGGAGAUCAGAAUCCACAAGGAGAGAGGCAAAAUAGAUGACCCAGAAGAUUUCAUUGAUUACUACCUGUUUCAGAUGGCUAAAACUGAAAACAAUGCCAUGUAUAAACAUGAUGAAGACAAUAUGGUGCAGUCUGUGUUUGACCUCUUCCUGGGUGGCACAGAGACCACUGCCACCACUCUGCGCUGGGCUCUGCUCUAUAUGGUAGCCUAUCCUGACAUCCAAGAGAAGGUGCAGCAGGAACUGGACGCUGUGCUGGGAUCCUCCCAGUCGAUCUGGUACGAGGAUCGGAAGAGGCUGCCCUACACACAUGCUGUGGUUCAUGAGAUCAUGCGCUUCUGCAGCAUCAUUUUAAUUGGAUUGCCCAGAGAAACAGUGAGGGACACAACACUGCUGGGCUAUCCAGUUCCAAAGGGUAGCAUCGUUAUUGCAAAUAUAUACUCUGUUCUGACUGAUCCUGAGUACUGGGAGAAACCUUUUGAAUUUGAUCCUGGUCACUUUUUGGAUGAAGAAGGAAAUUUUUUCUGCAGAGAAGCCUUCUUACCCUUCUCAACAGGGUUCCGGUUAUGUUUGGGGGAGCAGCUGGCAAGGAUGGAGCUCUUCAUCAUCUUCUGCAGCCUCUUGCAGACAUUCCGGUUCACCCUGCCUGAUGGAGUGAAAGAAGCCGACACACAAUGUAUUUUGGGGAGCACAGUGCAGCCCCGUCCCUAUAGGGUCUGUGCUUUUCUUCGCUAGGCAGCUUGGUGCUGACCUCUGAACUGCCCCUUCCAGUAACUGCACUUAGGAAGUCUUCUGGAAACUGCUCCUGUACAUAGUUUCUU